AUGCAUAUUUCUCAAAUGACAAAUUCCAUACUCUUAUCAUUCACCUAUAGUUACUAUCGCAAAAUCUUUGAAACAAUAAGUAAAUUGUAUCUAAAUCCUAAAGAGCUGUCUAGGCGCAUAGAUAGGAGGAGGUUGAAAAGACAACCAUCAAGAAAACACAAAAGGGGGUUCAACUACAAGUGGCUAGGAGAGUAA